AUGUUUGAAGGCGCAGUGGCCGGUAUUCUUAAUCGGCUCUUGGGCAAAUAUGUCCAAGACCUCGAUACUGAAAAUCUUAAUGUUGGCAUCUUCAGUGGAAAUGUUAACUUAACCGAAUUGAAGCUUAAGCCUGAAGCUCUGUACGAACUAGAUCUCCCAAUCGAUGUGAAAAUCGGUACAAUUGGAAAAAUCAAUUUACAAAUACCAUGGUCGGGUCUGUACACACAGCCUGUCGUUGUACACAUAGAGGAUGUCCUCAUACUAGUCGGUCCAGCUAUAUCUAAUAGCUAUUUCGAUCCAGAACGCGAGAAGCGACUAACAAGAGCAGCGAAGCGGAAGAUCCUUCAGGAUUUAGAGGCUGAGAGUGAGAUACUAAAGGGACCUCAGAACUUCUUCGAGAAUUUAUUUACAGCGAUCGUAAAUAAUCUUCAGAUUUAUAUAAGGAACGUGCACGUGAGAUAUGAAGACUCCAUCAGUUCUAAGGAUGGGCCGCUUGCGUGUGGAUUGUGUUUGCAGAGUUUGUCUAUUGAGACUACAAACAGCAAAUGGAAGCCCGCGGUAACACCCGCUAACGCGUCCACGGUAUACCAAAUGAUGCGUAUUGAAUCUAUGUCUCUCUACUGGAAUCCAACAGCCACGGCGUUAGAUGACAGGGAGAUAGCCCAUAUAACGCCGAUGCAGUAUUAUAAUUGGAAGCAUUAUAUGCUCACUGGAUUAGACAAAUUCUCGAUGCAUCACGAGGACUUUGAAUUUCUUUUAAAACCAGUUACUUGCAAAGUAAAGGUUCUAAUUAACCGGUCUGGCGAGGCGCGAGUCCCGCGACUUUUGGUGGACGCGGUGCUUCAAGACAGCGCUUUACAGCUGUCAAGGCGGCAGUAUCUCUCGAUUGAUAACCUCCUGGCUUCGUUUAGAAGAAUACAGCUUAAUAGAAAAUAUAGACAUCUUCACCCCGGGGUACCGUUACUGAAAAACAUUAAAAAAUGGUGGAGAUAUGCCUACAAUGUGGUUUUAGAACAACGUGUUCGUCCCUACACUUGGGCGGCAAUAAAAAAGCACAGGGAAAACUACAAUAUUUAUAAGAAAACUUAUAAGAGUCUAUUGAGAAGUCCAAAUGAUAUAGAAUUAAAGAUGGAUUUGCAGAAGUGUGAGGAUAACUUGCCGAUUAUAUCGGUCGUUAUUGCGAGGGAACAGGCUAAGUUUGAGCUUCUCAACCAAGAGCCAGAUAGAAUUGAAGUAGUAGAGACGGAAUUUGAUUGGUGGAAUCCACUAUCAGAUUCUGAGAACGAAGUUGACAGCGUCAAGUCGAAGGCUGAGCUUUGCGUAAAAACUGAGAGGAAUAAAACUUUGUGGAGCCAUCUCUCAAGUCCCGAGAAGAAAAAGGUCUGUGAGCUGAUCGGAUAUGUGGAGGGUGAACCUUAUAAGGAGAAAUCUAAACAAUGCAUUGAGCACAAAAUAAAUCUAACUCUGGCGAAUAGCUCAUUGACAUUGAUGAACAGGAAUAGAGAAGUCCUAGUGGUCACUCUUACUCAAUUCCUCGCAUCUCUCGAAACAAGACCGUCUGCUAAAGCAUACAAGUUUUCAGUUCGAGCAGAUAACAUAGUUGUGGAAGGCGUGUCGUCAGAUGGCGAGUUGGUACAGUUAUUGGUCACUGCGCGAGAAAAUACUCUUGGAACCGCCUUAGCAUUGGACAUUGAAAGAAACCCAAUUAAUAAUCAUGCGGAUUUGGCAAUAACUUGCCUCAUGGAACCUUUAGAGAUGGUUUAUAUUGAGCAUGCUAUAACGGAACUUAUUAAUUUCUUUCAAACCCAUUCAAUGAGUUCUGACGAGUUAUUACAAGAAGUUACGACGGCUAUUGAAGAAGCAGGAAAUAUCAGUAAAUCGGUUUUAACUUAUGCUGUUAGUAGGAAGAAAGUGUUUAACAUCAAUGUGGAUGUAAAAGGUCCAUGUGUAAUUGUACCUGAGCAUGGUUGUAUGCAUAAGCCAGGACGUCUAAUGGUAAUCGAUAUUAAUCGAAUCAUAAUAAAGACUGACUUGCAACCAUCGAACUUAGUUCUGGAAGAUGCUACGUGUAUGGAACUCGAAGAAAAGUUAUACGAUCGUUUCCAUGCAGAAUGCUCAUUCCAGAUUUUAUUCUGCGAUUGGAACGAGCCGUGGCGAGAGUCGAGAAAACUUGGAGAUUCUGAACAUCAUCUCGUACCAAGGGUUAAGAGCACAUUAGUCUUUUCAACCAGUAUAAGGAAAGACUAUAAACUUCUUCCGAGAUACAAAUUGAAUAUUUCACUGUCGAGUCUCAAAUUAAAUAUUUCUGAUCGGAUCAUUGGAUUUCUUUUGGACUACUUCGAUAAUCUGCCGAUUCCUGUACCUAACACCGUUCCUGUAUCCUUCAUGGAUUCUGGCGAUUAUGCGGAAGACCUCCUGGAUCCAGAUUUGGUAGAGACCCUGCAAUUGGACAGGGUCCUAGCCGACCCUGGUUAUGGAGAGCUGGUUAAAUUAAGAAGGAAGAUCGUUUCUGCAUAUUUCAAGAGGAAUAGAGAACCAGAAACCCAACUGGACGGCGGUCACUCUCAUUCUCCUACCGUCGAAUCUCUUCCGCCGGCAGACAUCAGUGAUGAAGAAGUAGAAGAAUAUGCACGAUCUGUGGACCUUCCCGGCUUCGACGAUAAUGUAUCACCUAGCAACAAUAUUGGGACGCUUCUAAGAUUUAUCAUUGGUGAGAUUGUAAUAAAUCUCAACCGAUCCAACGAUCAAGUGGACCGACCCUACAUCAUGUUAAGCGUGACAAAGCUGUGUCUUGACGUGGCUCUAAUGGCCUAUGGUCCCGCAGUACAAUUAUCAGUUGGAUCAGCGUUGCUUACAGAUAAGCAGCACCACAGCAGUACUGGACAAUACUUGGAGUUGUUGACUAGUAGUGAAGAGCUGUUUAACUUACUUUAUAGAAAGGUCCGUGCGAACUGCCCGGAGUUCCGCUCUCAUUUCCACAACGUAGAGCAUGCGUUAGUGGCCGAUACAGGGGACAUCUCAAUACUAGCGCAUGCCCCGGCUCUGGCCACGCUCAUCAAGUACUUGGAAUAUAUACAAAGAAAAAUACAAAAACGUCACACUAUAAAUGUAACAAGCGUGGUGUUGCCAAAGACACAACGAUUAUGGGACCUUCUUAUGGAACCUGAGGCUGACCCGCCCGUACCACCUGGAGCUACAAAAUUCAGUUAUUCUAUGCGGGUAUCCUGUAUACGAAUUCGCGCGUGUCAAACAGAAGGCGCUGUAGAAUGGCGAAUCUUGGCAUUGGAGAGUGACUGUGUUUUUCGCGCCAACGAUCGACUUGUCUUUCGUCUAUACCUUGGAUCAUUGCAAGCUGACGAUUUAUCUGAUGCCACGCUCUAUCCGAAGUUGGUAUGGCCAGAUGAAGACAAAGUGUUAGAAAUGAAAUAUGUACGUUCAUCGAGUGGUGUUGAAGCGAAACCCCGCGCAGAGCUACGUAUAUACAUAGGUCGACUACACAUCGUGCUGUUCUGCUCGCUUAUAUACAAUUUGCAGCAAUUUCUCGAACUGCUCAUACCUACUACGGCGGCGACUGAAGCGGCUGUCGCGGCGGAGAGAGCGGCUCACGAACAAGCAGCGGAAUUACGAACUUCUGUGAUCAGAGUCAGUCUGGCUAUUGAGAUACACGCGCCAGUUUUGUUGCUGCCUCAAAAGCCUUCGUCGCCUAAUUUGUUGGUUUUUAACUUAGGUGAUCUCAUGAUAGAGAAUUUCUUCAAGACAGUGAAUAUAAGCCAAGAAGCUUCUAGUCCCAUUCAAAGUCCCGUCAUAGACAAUGUUUUAUUCAAACUAGACAAUAUCACUCUGUCCAGAGCUGUCAUGACUUUAGCUGGUACUUUAGAAGUUCAGGAACCAAUCCUAGAAUCUAUAUCAGUGCGUUGUGACUUAAAACGUACAAUUGGGUACGUUCAAGUGUCAAACGUCGCCGCGUAUCGAGACUUACUUCUGUGUGAAGCGGAUAUAACGAUGGACACCGUUAAUAUUAAUAUUGGACAGAAGGACUUGGCUACGCUCUUCGCUGUAUGGACUGACAAUUUGAGUGAAGGCAAUUAUAUUGGUAUGAUUGUGCCAACUUCGCCUAUAGAGUUGGCUCCAACAGAUGAGCAAGUUAAAAAGUUGCAAGCUUUCUUUGCGCAAGGUGAACCUGUGCGCAAGGAGUCUGUCAUAAGAUUCACUCUAGAAGGAAUAGAACUCAAAUUAUUCUCAGACAUCGACGAAGUCCUAAGUUCUCCAGUCCGUGACUUAAACCACGGCUUAGCGAAAUUAACAUCGGGAGAAGCAACUGUCGUGUUCGAUUACUUUUCAGACAAUAGUGUUGAGAUGAAAGCCAGUCUGCAGAGUCUACUCGUUGAGGAUAUUCGACCUGAUACAAGUAUUGCUAUACGAAGAAUCUUCCAAUCCCAAGGCGGUGGAUCCCGGUCAUCCGGUGGAAUAGCCGUAGUGCGGCCUGCGUUACUUGAGCUCUCUGUGCGAAGAUCGUCCCGUGCCAUUAGCGUCGAUCUUAGAGUGGAAAAGACGAGACUGAACUUGGCUCCACCCUUCUUGAUCAAUUUAGUCAGGACUCUUCUCAGCGCUAUGCCUGGUGAUAAAACCAUGGACGGUGGCGUGGUAAACCAUGGCUACGUAGGUGAUCCGCCUAACCGUGGUAACAAUAACAGAACUGGAAGGUUUCCCAGCUCGAGUGAUUCUACCAGCGGUUAUUAUUCUACGGCAACGUCGGUGCCCGAAGAGAGACCCAGCCUAUCAAUAUCAAUACAAUGCCGACAACCCGAGAUAAUGUUCUUUACCGACCUUAAUAAAACUGAAGGACACGCCCUUCUUCUCAGGACAGAGCUGAUUGUGGAUUACUCAUUCCACUCCAACACUGAAUCCUUAGUAAUAUCCCUUGCUGGGCUUCAAAUUAUGUCGAAAUUGCAGUCUAAAUUAAAAAAUCUUCCACCCCAGCUAGUACUGAAGCCGUGUGACCUUGAAUUCUCAAAAAGUUUUAAAAGUAUUGAGGAAGGGGUCAAAGUAAAGUUGUCGGUGUCGGAAGUCAAUAUGCACGUCGCAGCGACCACGAUACACACUGUUUUAGACAUAGUCGAAGAAGUGUCCUCGGAGCUGGCUGUCCCGGAUGAAAAGGAGCUAUUCAACUUCUCAACUUAUAAUCCCCAAUCGGAGAAGAAUGACGAGGAUCUGUGGGCUCCAAAGAAAGUUGCUCCGUAUCUCUCCUUUCAUACCGAAGACACGUACUUACAGCCAAAGUAUCCAGCUGGAAAAGUUACAGAGACAUUCGUAGUUACUGUCCCAAUAGUGCGCAUUAUGUUUGAACUUGAACAGACUGCAAGGAUUCCGGUUCUGUUGGUUAAGAUGUCUACCGAGCUUACUAUAUCAGAAUGGACAGGCGAGGCGCGUGGGUCGGGAGGACUGCGUCUUCAGGCCAGUGUAUAUAAUGAUCAUUUGUCUGUAUGGGAGCCGCUUAUAGAGCCUGUGGUAGAAGAUAACAAACAGAGCGCCUGGGAACUCAUUGCCACUAUAUUCCAGGCCAAAUCGUACCCAAUGUCGGCACGUUUGAUUCAGAACGAGCAAGAGGAAUCAGUAUCAGACCAUGUCCCACAAACAAAGAAAAAGAACAAGAAACGCAAUGAAUUUGGUUCGGAGACGUCUGCAGAUGAGGCUGAUACAGAUAAUGAGAUGACUUUUAUACGUAGUCCUUAUGAUAAAGAAAAUAAGGGCUAUAACGUCGAUUUUGAAGCUAGCAGUAUGUCGUUCUUAAGGGCAUUGGAUAUUGACGAGUCAAAUUCAGACAGCGAAGGAGAGAAGAUGGAUAAAAUGUCCGAUGCCAUGGGACAUUUGUUUAUGGACAGUGAAUCAAGUGCUGAAGAAGUCAGCAAUGAUGAAGAUUCCUCGGCCCCAGAACAGAGCGAUAAAGACGAAGAGCAGCCUGAAACUCUCAUUGAUGGAGAGGAGAAAAAAGAACAGCACAAAGCGGUUACAGUUCAGGAACCAGAAAGAGAAGAUAGCGUGGAGUCGACGUCUGAAGAGAAUCGUCUAUGCACAUACGUAGUGUUGGAAGCCCGAUCACUACUCUCAGUGACUUUAGGGCCUUCCGCCGCGCGUGUGCUUAGAGCACUAAGUGAGGCUGUAUUGGACCGAACGGCUGUGGUAUCUGCAAUUGUUGCUCCUGGUUUGACGCUCGUCAAUGAUAUAGGACCUGGUUCCUCAGUGCAACUGAGAACUAAAACCGAAACAGACUUGACUGGUAACGACAAAGUUCUCGCCGAAGCUGACUAUGACCUUGAUACCAGCAGACCUAGCACUCCAGGUUAUGAUACAUCCGGGGCAGACUUGCUGGAUGAAAUGGAAAACGAGUCUAAGCAAGAGAUGACGGAUAUAAGUGAUGAAUGGGACUGUUUCGAAGGUGGCUUCGGAUAUAGCGCAGUGGGUGGGGCCUCUCAUACUUCUCCGGGAGCACCGCCUACCGCAGAUUCCUUACAUCGACGACUUACAGACAAUACGCUGCAUAUCAAACUUCAGGACUUCGAUAACCUCACUAUUCUAUGUCCCCAACGUGCGGUGUCCAAGCUACAUGUUUUGCAUCCAAGUAAAAACGGUACGCGAUACUACAUUGCUGUCGAAAGAACAUCCAAGUUCAACAACAAGAAGAUUGUUGUUAGAUCACCUUUACAGGUUCGCAACGAAACGUCAUAUGCCCUGGAAUUACUGUACCGACAAUCAGAGCUAGAAGCAGCCGGUGUAGAAUGUGUGGGCUCAGUGAGGAAUCCAUUCUGCGGACUUCUACGCCUUGCUGUUAUUGCACCAGACGACACUUUCAACGUUCCUCUUUACGUGGCUUACCACUGUAGACUCUAUGUUGUACCUACUAAUUUCGAAAGUUUCAAAGCAAGUUCACAAGGUAUGUGGUGGAUGGACCUCAUCAAUGACAUUGGGACUCCUCGAGACAUAAUGUGUCCAGCGUUGGAAGACAAUGAUUCCAGUGUAUUUGCUAUGAGAGUAUUGCCUGUUGAAGGAUGUCAGUCAAGCAAAAUAAAUAGAUCAAUUCCGAACUUACUGAUACGGAUCGUAGCGCCAUUGGCACUUCACAACAGGGUACCACAUGCCCUACAAGCCCAGGUCAAAAUUUCCACGGAAAAGUCAGAAAAAAAUACGGAAGACUUAAAAGUGAGGUUGGAAGCUGGAGAAAAAUCGCAUUUGUAUACGUUACCUCCUGGAAAGCCGAUACGGUUCACAUUAGAUGUUCAUUACUUAGGCUUACCUUGGACUGGAGGAUUUACCUAUUUACCUGAUAUGAACGAAAAGACGAUAAGUAUGACGACAGAAUGUGAGACGGAGGGUGGUAAUAAACGACUCGUGAUUCGAGCGCGGUUAGAGCAAGCCGCCACUUUGAGGCUACUGUUGUACGCGCCCUAUUGGAUAAUUAAUAAAACUGGAUUACCACUACAGAUAAAGGGUCGAUCAGAUGUUUGCUACGAAGUAACAGAAGAGCCGUUACUAUGGUGUGAGAGUGGAUCGCGUUUGUGUCGACGUGGUGAAAGAGUACGGGUACGCGCACAUCAGUCGGGAUGGUCGCGAGCUACGCGAUUGUAUGCAGAGUCACCGGGUCUGUUAGUCUGUGCUCACACUGAAAGGAAGAUCAAUUAUCGGAUAUUGCUGCAAGUGACCCUAUCCGAACUAUCGCCUCAACUGACAAAGAUCGUGACCCUCUUACCAUACUUCAUUGUUUACAACGACACCAAGAAGCAUUUGCGUUUCAUGGAGGAAAACGAAACGGCUGAUCUGUGGAUAGACUUAGCUCCGCAGCAAUGCACACCGUUUUGGCCACAAUCUGACUCUAUGGCUAUGCAUUGCAAGUUCCGGGACUCAAUGGUCGUGUCGCAACACUUUCCUAUUGCUGAGAACCAUUUCACAGUUCUGAGGAUGGAUAAAGGAGUAAGUUUAUCUUUACUUGAGUUAAAUAAACUGUUGGAAGGCUUAUUAUUGAUGCUACUCCAAUUAAAAUCUUUUCUGGUUCACUUUUUAUUGUUUAUGAAUCAAUUAGUUGAAAAAUAUUCUGGGAAGUCAUAA